CUUUUGCUUCUCCUUUGAGCCGGCAUCAUGAAGACGACUUGGAAGGAGAUUCAACCUGUGCCCUCGAGCCAGGAGUUCCUGGAUAUCGUUCUUUCUCGGACACAGAGACGGCUGCCGACGCAGAUUCGCUCCGGGUUCAAGAUUAGUCGGAUUCGAGCGUUCUACACCCGGAAAGUGAAGUUUACGCAGGAGACAUUUUGUGAGAAGUUUCAAAAUAUAUUAGAUGGCUUCCCAAGAUUGCAGGAUAUUCACCCAUUUCACAAGGAUUUGAUGAACACACUUUACGAUGCCGAUCAUUUCCGCAUCGCCCUCGGCCAACUCUCUACGGCCAAACAUCUGGUAGAAACCGUUUCCCGCGACUAUGUCCGCCUCAUCAAAUAUGCACAGUCACUGUUCCAAUGCAAGCAGCUCAAGCGGGCUGCGCUGGGUCGCAUGGCGACGAUAUGCAGACGACUCAAAGAUCCGCUUGUCUAUCUUGAGCAGGUGCGGCAACAUCUAGGCCGUCUUCCCUCGAUCGACCCCAACACUAGAACGCUCCUAAUUUGCGGAUAUCCCAACGUUGGCAAAUCCAGCUUUCUCAGAAAUAUCACGAAGGCAGACGUCGACGUGCAGCCGUAUGCGUUCACUACUAAGAGCCUGUUUGUCGGCCAUUUCGAUUACAAAUAUCUUCGCUUCCAGGCAAUUGAUACCCCUGGUAUCCUAGACCAUCCACUUGAAGAGAUGAACACCAUUGAAAUGCAGUCGAUUACUGCUAUUGCGCAUUUGAGAUCUGCCAUCCUCUAUUUCAUGGACUUGUCAGAGCAGUGUGGGUACUCAGUUACGGAUCAGAUUAAGUUAUUCAACAGCAUAAAGCCUCUGUUUGCGAAUAAGAUCGUUUUCGUGGUCGUAAAUAAGAUCGAUGUAAUGCGGCCAGAAGAUCUAGAUGCCUCGACGCAAGCAGAGCUUCAGUCGAUCCUGAAACCUGGUGAUGUCGAAAUGCUGCAGGUGUCGUGCACAACUACAGAGGGGGUCACUACAGUGAAAAACGCGGCUUGUGACCGACUCCUUGCGGAGAGAGUGGCGCAGAAGCUGAAGGCCGGCAGCAAUAAUUCCGGUACUCCAUCUGGAAGGCUGGGUGACCUUUUGGCCAGAAUCCACGUCGCCCAACCCCUCGGCGGAGUGACCCGCGAAGCCUUCAUACCUGAAGUAGUCCACUCCUUGAAGAAAUAUGAUAAGAACGACCCGAAUAAACGCCGACUUGCAAGGGAUACAGAAGAAGAGAAUGGCGGCGCAGGAGUCUUUAAUGUGGAUCUAAAGGAGAAUUACCUACUUGCCAAUGACGAGUGGAAACACGAUAAAAUCCCUGAAGUGUGGAACGGCAAGAACAUCUAUGACUUUGUGGAUCCUGAUAUUGAAUCAAAACUCGCUGCACUGGAAGAGGAGGAGGAAAAACUGGAGGCGGAGGGAUAUUACGACUCCGACGAGAGCGUCGAAGACGCAGAAGAAGCCGAUAUCCGCAUGAAAGCAGAUCUCAUUCGCGAGAAACAGCAGCUGAUCCGCAACGCGUCCAAGAUGCGCAAAUCGCUCAAGAACCGCGCAUUGAUCCCCCGCAGCGCCAAGGCCCGCAAAUUGUCUGAAAUGCAAUCACAUCUGGAAUCGAUCGGAUUCGACGCAGCGUCUGCAUCUACCCGUGUGCAAGGGCAGACGCAGUCUCAGACACAGUCCCGUGGCCGGGGACCUACCCGAAGCGACAUGGAGAUUGCAGAUGCUAUGGAUAUCGAUGGCAAUGGCGACGACCGAAACCCCACACGCCAGGAGUUGCUUCAGCGAGCCAAGAGCCGGGCUCGCAGCCAGGCACCGACCAACCGACUCGUGGACGGCAUAACUGACAUGAAGUCUCGAAGCAAGGCGGAUAAGAUGGCGAAGUUAGCACAGAUCAAGAUGAAUCGGAUGGCGAGACAAGGCGAGGCGGAUCGACAUACAACCGCUUCUUUGCCGAAACAUUUGUUCUCUGGGAAACGUGGCAUGGGCAAGACUCAACGACGCUGAGCUACUGGGUGCUGGCGUUUAACGAUGGGAUCGAGGGUUCAGAGUCCUGGGUCUAUGAAAUGGAGUUCACGGAAUGUUUUAUUUUAUUUUAUACUUUUUGUUCCUUUUUAUUGUCCAACCGUUGUCUGUUCAUAUCCAACCCAUAUUGUUUUAUGAUCUACGCUUUAAUAGACUCGGGCGCAUUCUUUGAUAGCGAUCGUCUCAUGAUUUCCAAAUAAUACACUUUAGUAU